UGGGGGAAAAAACCCUCUCUUGGUUUCUGUGUGUGCGUUGAGCAAUGGGUUGGUCUAACUAAGUGAUGUCAUUAUUCCCUCCCUCCAGAGGCACACUGCUGCGCUCAGUGAGGAGUGAAGAAUUGCGCGCGCUUCGGAAAGACGCACGACUCAAGGAUGCCAGAAGUAGAAGAAGACACUUUGCACAGAUCAGCACCGGGAUGGGAUGUCAUGUCAUUUCUGGAUUAUUACUCUAAACGCCUGUGCAUGUUCCGAUAACAUAUCUGAAGUUUUUGACGCCUGGUAGAAGACAAAGAUGCAUUUGUGGAAGCGCGAUGGAAACCGAAGGAACUCAUGGCACUGUUGAUAUGGCGUGCUGAUGUGAGCCACCGGCGCGUCUGUUAGACUGUGCACAUUCAGGAGAGGAUGCGCGCAACAUGGACUUAAGCGGACUCAACGGCACGGAGGAGAGGAACGCGACGGCCGCCGCAGCGUGGCCACACACGGAGGCAGCGGCGGCCUUUAUCAUCCUCGUGGUGUCGCUUCUCAUCCUGGUCACCAUCGUCGGGAACGCGCUGGUCAUCGUAGCCGUGCUGACGAGCCAUGCGUUGCGCGCUCCCCAAAACCUCUUUCUUGUGUCUCUGGCAUCGGCGGACAUCCUGGUGGCGGCUCUUGUCAUCCCGUUUUCGCUCGCCAACGAGGUGAUGGGUUAUUGGCGCUUCGGCAGCGCGUGGUGCGCGCUCUACCUGGCGCUGGACGUGCUCUUCUGCACGUCGUCCAUCGUGCACCUGUGCGCAAUCAGCCUGGAUCGCUACUGGUCGGUGACCGAGGCGGUCAGCUACAACGCGAAGCGCACUCCAGCGCGCGUCAAAUCCACGAUCGCGGUGGUGUGGGCGAUCUCCGCGGUCAUCUCUUUCCCGCCGCUGGUCAUGACCGAGCACAACGAACGGGUGUGCACGAUUAACGAGGAGCCGUGGUACAUCCUGUCGUCGGCGAUCGUGUCCUUCUUUGCGCCCGCGCUCAUCAUGAUCGCCGUCUACCGCAAGAUCUACCGCGUCGCCAAGCAGCGCGCCUCGGCCGUCUUCGCAGCUAAAAACGGCGUCCCGCGGCCGCGCACCUCACCUUCCGAGACGUGCUUGGCGCGUGAUGCCAAACCCGAGGCGGAGAGCCCGAGCAGCCUGAGCUCCGGGAGCAACCGGCAGCAGCAGGAGCGCAGAAGGAACGAGGACGACGAUGAUGAUGAAGAAGAGCUCGACGACAUCGAUCUGGAGGAGAGCUGCGCGUGGGACGGUCAGCCCAAGAAACGCGGCAGCGCGCGCUUCGCCAAGCGCAGGAAAGUGGAAAAUCGGACGGAGAGGACUUGCUGCCGCACCACCCCGUGGGCCUCCAGACAGACCCACACUGCGCCGCGCGUCUCCAGGCCGUUGAAAGCCGCCAGGCCGAGCGCGCGGAAAACACGAGCGGCACAAAUGCGCGAGAGGCGCUUCACCUUCGUCCUCGCGGUGGUGAUGGGAGUGUUCGUGCUUUGCUGGUUCCCUUUUUUCUUUACCUACAGCCUGCAGGCGGUGUGUGGGGAACGCUGCCAAGCGCCCAAUGGCCUUUUUAAGCUCUUCUUCUGGAUCGGUUACUGUAACAGCUCCGUCAACCCCAUCAUUUAUACAAUAUUUAACCGGGACUUCCGGAAGGCGUUUAAGAAAAUCUUGUGCCCGUCUGCAACUCAGCGCGUCUGAUCUGAAGUUCUACUGGGAACCUAUAGCGAUCUGGACUUCAUGGACCAGUUUAUUCAAAAGCUGCCAGAUCGUAUCGUUUAUUUCACUCCUCAUGUCGGUUUAAAACUCUAAAUGAGACCAAAAUAUAAUUUGGCCAAAAUAAUGCUAAACUUUGUUGAAAUUUAAUGGUUCACCAAAUUAGGGAAACUCUUUAUGCACAACAACAAUAAUAAUAAUAAUUAUAACAAUAAUAUUCUAACAUAACCCAAAUUCUAUAUUCCCACAGCACAAUGUAAUUAAAAUAAGGGUUAAACCCAUAACCUUCUGAAUCUGCAACAUAAUUUUAGUGAAAAGAUGUUAAAUAUUGUUAAAUAUGAUUGUUAAAUAUACUUGUACAUAGAAGACUUGAAAUGUUUAUAAUGUAAAAAAGAAAAGAAAAGAAAAAAAACCAUCUAAAUGAUUAAAAUAAGCUAUACAUGUCUCACUGUGUAAUUAUCUGUCUUUGUAAUGGCCUGUUUUAACAAACUGUCUGAAAUCAGGAAUCAGCAUAUUGUUCCAGAAAUCAUGAAACUGAUCAUUCUUUUAGUCUGUUGUUAAUAAUUGUUUUCCUUAAAAAAGCCAUAUUUGCCUUAAAAUUAAAGAAAAAAUAGAGAUUAUUCUAAACAGUAUUGGUGAAUCUAAAUCGAUUUGGGAAAAAUGUCUCAAAUUAUGUGUUAAAUUGCCAUCAACUGUGUUGAAUUAUCCCUCAAAGUGUCCAUUUGUGUCCAGCUGGGCUCAUAUAGAUGUCAUUAAUUACAAUAAAUGAGUAGGUUUAUUAAACACAAGCUCAUUCGAUUAACUGUCAAUUCAAGUUUUAUAUGCAGCAUUGUGCCACAACAAAAGUUGCCGGUUAGAAUGUUAAAAUGAUGAAAGCCAAACCGAACCUGAGACACGAAAUUGCAUCUUUGAUUCAUAUUUAAAUAACUGGAUUACUCAAAUUCUGCAUUCAUUAACAAUUAUAUUGUGAAUAUGCCAUAAUGUGGAUUCUAACAUUCAUCAUUAUUUACGUCGUUUCGGUUACACAAGUACAAAUGAGACUGAAAAAUGAAAAUGAUUUAUUUACAGUGAGUCCAGUUCUGAUCAUUUUCUAAGAUUAUCAUUUUGACUGAAAGCGAAGUGAAGUCUCAGCUCCAAGACCCACUUAAGCGUGCACAAAUUACAUUUCCUCAUUCAGUCUGAGCAGAAAUCUUCUCCUGGAGAGACACAACACUGCACAAUCAUGUGCUAUGCCUGUGGUAACGAAUCUAAAACAACUCAUGAAGGGCUUGCUAAUUGCUUAACACGUAAGAGUUAACCCAGGGAGAACAUCCAACUACGUACGACUGGCGUUUGACAUUCGUCCUACAAAGCAUUCUUAAACUGUUUAAAGACAGUGAGACAUUUUCUGUUAUUUUGUCUCCUGUACGAUGCCUGUGAAUUUAAAAGAAUAGAAUCUCGCCAUUACUAUUUAUUAUAUAACAUAAAAAGGUAUUUAUAUUUAUGCCCAUACGAUGGUGAUCAAUAUAAGAUUUAAUUUUCCUUUUAUACUUUGCUCCUUGACCGACAUGCUUGUUAAUAAAACUGUCAUGUUUGGCACUUGGUUGCAAAUCCUUUGUAAUUUAUGCCACAAGGCUGCGCAUUGUCUUUGGUGAUGCCCUGCCAGGCCUUUCUGUUUGUUUACAAGCUUUUUGCCUUCUUGUCUUGAAAUGCACUCUGGCUUGAAUAUAAGUCAUGGCAUGCCACUGGAAAACCUUGCCGUCCUCCCUCAAGGUAGAGCAUCAAUGAGAUUCUGUGAAUUUCCUUAUAGUUAAGAUGUUUCUGGAUUAGCAAAUGUUGAAUUUAAGAAUUCACCCAGCUGUAAGUUUUUUUUUGUUUGUUUUUCAUUCCAGGUUUUAAACCAUGUUUCGUAGAAUAGAUGGUAUAAUGCUGUGAAUAAAACUCCACAUUUUUAUAAAGGUUCUAUUUUAAUUUUAUAUGUAGAGUAGAAUUUGACACUGAAUUGUAGCCUCUUUAUAAUCAAAUAGUCUAUUUGACAAGUCACAAUCCGAUUUGGUUCACUUUGUAUCUGCCGAGUUCACAUUCCAAAAUGUACCUUGUGGAGAGAAUUAGCAUUUUUUAUUCCAAACAGACCAACCAGCAUUUUCUUGUCAGGCGGAUGACACAAGCCCCACACGAGUUGAUCCUGAAACCGCCAAUAAAAUCCACUUGCUAUCCAGUGAUUUGUUAAAAACCCCCCAAAAAAUCUAAAUUACCCCAUUUUUUUUUAUCAACAAAUGUUGGAAGUAGGCCUAUGAUUGAUCAAACGUUAUAUAAACAAAUUAUUCAUAACCUGUUUACAGGAUCAUUUACACAAGAAAUAUAAUUUCCAUGAAAAUAAAGAUCACAAAAGUGUUUGUAUUCCACCAAAGCUUGUGAUGCCAUGUUAAUUAAGCAGAAUCAAGAAUGUAACUUUCAGCUGAUCAGCUCAACUGCAAAUGAGUUACUGCAAAUUUGCCAUUUACUAUUAAUAGCAUUGAAAGAACGCUAUCCAAAAGAAAUCCAUUAAGUCAAAUAAAACUAGUAUUUAGUAUGUUUUAAAGAAAUGCCACUGAACACAAGCAAGAAGAGUUUGUAUGUGUUAGCUUAUGCUCUGCAAUGGCUUGUUGAUACUUUUACUGUAGCUUGACAAUGGUAAGUCAGAACUAGAAAGAUUAUACCAUUAUUGAUUUCUUGUAGCUUAAAUCUUUUUUUUUAGCAUCAAUCUAGUCAGAUAACUGUGAUAAGUGUUUUAUAGUUACGGUCUUAAAACAGCAAACUGUAUAGUCAGUGUUAUAGAUUUAUCAACCAACCCAUAUAAUGAUUGCUCUACAGCUUUUCCUAUUUAACACUUAGCUGAUGCUAAAUGAGUUGAGCCAAGGCUGUCAGAAUCGAUGAAUUGAGACUCUGAAUUGAAAUGAUUUCAAUGUUUUGUUCUAAUCAGAGGUCAGAAAUUUGAAGUUAUGAUGUUUAGCUGAAUUAGCAGAUGCCACUAUGAGGGGGUGCUCUUUCACAGAUUAGUCAUCAUUUUGCUAGUCUCUCUACGAAUCAGCUUUUAUGGACUUUUGUGGCUGUUACUUAAUGUAAGUAUGUAAGUCAGCUCUGCUGGGAACAAGCUUGCUAAUUUAAAUUCAAUUGCAUUUAUCUACAUUUGCAGGCCUAAUGUAUCUAAAAUGCAGGUCAUUUUUCUACAAAUGAAAAGUGUGCACAUUAUCAAACUCGGAGAUUGUUUUUCAUUUCUAAAUGUCUCAAUAUGUCACAGGUAAAAAUAUGUAUUUCUCUUACUCCAAGAACUGAGAGCUGUAAGGAUGAUGUUAAUAUUCUUUAUCACUAUCUGGAUGGCAGGUGUGUCAGAGUUAAACAGAGCAGAAUCCAAUUCAUGAUAGACAUGGGGAAAUUGCAAGUACUACUUUCAAAUGUUUUACACUCACUAGUGACUCUCUCAAAACUGCAAUCAAAACAAUCUAAGUGGUUUUGUACAAGCUGGGUUCAUUCACUCCAAACAAACACACUGCCUAUGUAAAAGUGGCCAAGAACUCUAGACAUGCUGAUGUACUUUAGUCACUGAUUUAUUUAGUUUUUAGCAAACCGUAACCUGGUCUUUGGUUUCUUGAGACAAGAAAAAUGUUUUUCAGAAACCUGAUCAUAAGCAGAGUUUAAAAGGGCUAUGUGGAAUAAAUGGAAUUUAUUUAAUAUAAAUAAAAUAACAACUGUUAAUCAUG